CUUGGUGUGACUGUGCUCAUCUAACAGUAUUCUGGAGUGAAAUGAGGAGAGAGAGAGAAGGAGGGUUGUUCAGAAGCAGAGCCAAACUACUAUUCCAAAUUAACUCAACGAGCUCCACUAACGUGUCUCUGUAUGUGCGAGAACAUAAUAAGUUGAAAUUGACGGAGCGACCUGUUAACGCCGGGAAAGGGUAAUUCGUUCGUUGUGCCGAAGCCCCUUGGACAUGGAGCGCUUAUGCGGACCAAAGCUCCCGUUCUGGGUAGCCAAUCAGACGCUCCACACAGACAGCCCAGACCUGCCGGAGUGUUUCCAGCUGUCAGUGCUGUCAUGGCUGCCGUGUGUGUUACUGUGGCUGGCUUGCCCCCCCUACCUCUUCUACCUCCAGAGGAACAAAAUGGGUUACAUCAUGAUGUCCGUCCUCAACAGAGUCAAAACGGUAAUUGCGUUGGUGUUGUGGAUCGUGUGUUGGACAGAUCUUUUCGCCACCUUCAAUGAGUUGCACCAGGGGUACACACAUCCGCCCAUCUACUUCGUUACCCCGCUGGUGGUCGGCAUUACCAUGUUGCUAGCUACGUUUCUGAUCCAGUUUGAGAGGUUGAGAGGAGUCCAGUCUUCAGGGAUUCUCUUUAUAUUCUGGUUCCUGUCGGUGCUAUGUGCCAUCGUACCUUUCCGCUCCAAGAUCCUACAGGCCAAGAGUGAGAUUCCAGACAAGCUGCGUUUCAUCACCUUCUAUCUCUACUUCAGUCUGGUUGUAUCACAGCUGAUCCUCUGUUGCUUUAACGAGAAACCCCCCCUUUUCUCCAACGUCGACACAGACCCCAAUCCUUGUCCACAAUCCACCGCUGGCUUCCUCUCCACAAUGACCUUCUGGUGGUUCACUAGCAUGGCCAUCAAGGGCUAUAAGAACCCUCUGGAAGCCAAAGACCUGUGGUCACUGAACAAGAGGGACAGCUCAGAGGAGGUCGUCCCCAAGCUGCUGAGAGAGUGGGACCUGGAGCAGAAAAAGGCUCACAGUGCUCAGGACCGGUCCACCCAGGCUCUGUACUCCAAGCCUCUGCCAGCGGGAGAGUCCAACCACGUAGGGGAGGAGAACAGUCCUGAGGAGGUGGAGGUGUUGCUGUCCAAAAAGAAAACCCCCAAGAAGCCCUCCUUCCUCCGCUCCCUCAUCAAGGCUUUUGGACCCUACUUCCUCAUCGGAUCUGCCUUUAAACUCCUACAGGACCUCAUCACCUUCGUCAACCCACAGCUCCUCAGUUUAUUGAUCUCGUUCACGAAGCAGAAGGACGCUCCCACCUGGUGGGGUUAUGCCCUGGCAUUCCUCAUGUUCUUCACAGCCUUCCUCCAGACACUCAUCCUGCACCAACACUUCCAGUACUGCUUCGUCACUGGGAUGAGGCUCCGCACCUCCAUCAUAGGAGCUAUCUACAGGAAGUCUCUGAUCAUCACGAACGCGGCCAAGCGUACAUCUACAGUGGGAGAGAUAGUCAACCUGAUGUCUGUGGACGCUCAGCGCUUCAUGGAUCUCACCACCUUUCUCAACAUGCUGUGGUCCGCCCCACUUCAGAUCAUACUGGCACUAUACUUCCUGUGGCAGAACCUGGGCCCGUCAGUGCUGGCUGGUGUUGCUGUGAUGAUCCUCCUGAUCCCUUUAAAUGCUGCCAUCGCUGUGAGGACACGAGCCUACCAGGUAUACAUAACUCCCUCUGCUACUCUGCGGGCUUAUCGUUGGGGACAAGGCGUUGAAGUAGUGGUGAUGAUGAUUGUUAAGAUGAUAAACAAAGCCCUGUAUAGAUCUGCUAUCACUCUCCUCCUCCUAUCACUCUCCUCCUCCUAUCACUCUCCUCCUCCUAUCACUCUCCUCCUCCUCCUUCCAUCACUCUCCUCCUCCUAUCACUCUCCUCCUCCUCCUUCCAUCACUCUCCUCCUCCUAUCACUCUCCUCCUCCUAUCACUCUCCUCCUUCUAUCACUCUCCUCCUUCUAUCACUCUCCUCCUCACUCUGCUCCUCAUCCUCCUCUCACUCUCCUCCUCCUCCUCCUCUCACUCUGCACCUCCUCCUCCUUCUCCUCUCACUCUGCUCCUCCUUCUCCUCCUCUCACUCUGCUCCUCCUCCUGUGAGUGUGUAUUGUGUUGACUCUGUAGCUUCUCAUCAGGCCAGCGUGUCUCUGAAGCGUAUCCAGGACUUCCUGAGUCAUGAAGAGCUGGACCCAGAGUCUGUGGACAGGAAUAACACUGCCACAGAUAGCUCAGUGACUGUUGUCAAUGGAAAGUUCACCUGGGCAAAACAAGAUCCUCCUGCUCUGCACAAUAUAAACCUGAUGGUGCCGCAGGGCUCUCUGCUAGCGGUGGUAGGACAUGUCGGCUGUGGCAAGUCUUCGCUAGUGUCCGCUCUACUGGGAGAGAUGGAGAAACUGGAGGGACACAUCUCCAUACGGGGUUCGGUGGCCUACGUCCCCCAGCAGGCCUGGAUCCAGAACGCCACUCUGAGAGACAACAUCCUAUUUGGCAAGGCCUACAACGAGCAGACGUACCGCUCUUGUCUGGAGGCUUGCGCCCUGACCCCUGACUUGGAAGUACUACCUGGAGGAGACCUGACCGAGAUUGGAGAGAAGGGUAUCAACCUGUCUGGUGGCCAGAGACAGAGGGUGAGUCUGGCCAGAGCUCUGUACAACGAGGCAGAUGUCUACCUGCUGGAUGACCCUCUGUCUGCCGUGGACUCCCACGUGGCCAAACACAUCUUCGACCAAGUCAUUGGCCCACAGGGGGCGCUGCAGGGCAAGACACGUAUCUUGGUGACACACGGCAUCAGCUUCCUGCCGCAGGUGGACAACAUAAUGGUGAUUGUGGAGGGCAGGGUGUCGGAGAUGGGUUCAUACCAGGAGCUGCUCCAACAGAACGGAGCUUUCGCUGAGUUCCUCAGAAACCAUUCCCUGGAGGACAUCAUAGAGGACGAGGCAACAGUGGCUUUGAGUGAUGAAGAAGAGGACUUCCCUGAUGACGUCCUUAGCAACCAUACAGACAUGGUGGACAGUGAACCAGUGGUCGAAGUAAAGAGAAAGUUUAUAAGGCAGAUCAGUAUCAUCUCAGGGGACCUGGAGAACCCAAGAAGCAAGUCUGUCCGGAGACGUCUGUGCAGCGAGAGGAAGCACGCUGAGCCUGACCCAGAGAAGAAACUACCCAAGGUGGAGAAACUCAUCCAGGCAGAGACCACUGAGACGGGCAGGGUGAAGAGCAAGGUGUUCUGGGAGUACAUCAAAGCAGUAGGGCCUCUGCUGACCCUCUUCAUCGGUUUCCUGUACGGCUGUCAGAGCGCUGCUGCCAUCGGAUCCAACGUCUGGCUGAGCCAGUGGACCAAUGACGCGGCUCAGAACGUGACUGAGGAGAAUGUCAGCAUGAGGGUGGGGGUGUAUGCUGCUCUGGGCAUAACACAAGGCAUCCUGGUCAUGGUCUCUUCCUUCACCCUGGCCAUGGGAAACAUCGGAGCAGCCAGGAAGCUCCACUAUGCCCUCCUGGACAACAAGUUUCACACCCCCCAGUCUUUCUUUGACACCACCCCCAUAGGCAGAGUCAUCAACCGAUUCUCUAAGGACAUCUACGUCAUCGACGAGGCACUGCCCUCUACCGUUCUCAUGUUCCUCGGGACCUUCUUCUCCUCUCUCUCCACCAUGAUAGUCAUAGUGGCCAGCACUCCCAUCUUCGCUGUGGUCAUAGCUCCCCUGACUUUCAUAUACGUCUUUGUCCAGAGAUUUUAUGUGGCCACGUCUCGGCAGUUAAAGCGUCUGGAGUCGGUCACCAGAUCUCCCAUAUACUCCCAUUUCUCUGAGACCGUCACCGGCUCUAGUGUUAUCAGAGCCUACGGCAGACACGAUGCCUUUGUACUAAUGAGUGACAUGAAGGUGGACGACAACCAAAAGAGUUACUACCCUGGUAUAGUGGCCAACAGGUGGUUAGGGGUGCGUAUAGAGUUCAUUGGGAACUGCAUCGUGCUGUUUGCUGCUCUGUUUGCUGUGAUCGGGAAAGACAAUCUCAACCCUGGUCUGGUGGGACUCUCUGUGUCCUACGCUCUACUGGUGACCAUGUCACUGAACUGGAUGGUGAGGAUGACGUCAGAUCUGGAGAGCAACAUCGUAGCCGUGGAGAGAGUCAAGGAGUACUCUGAGACCAAAAUUGAGGCCCCAUGGGAGGUGGAAGACAAGAAGCCUUCCCCUGAUUGGCCAUCCCAGGGGAAGGUAGAGUUCCUUGACUACAGUGUGAGGUACAGAGAAGGACUAGACCUGGUCCUCAAAAACCUCACCCUCAGCGUCGUUGGAGGAGAGAAGAUUGGUAUCGUGGGUCGUACUGGGGCUGGUAAGUCCUCUAUGACACUGUGCCUGUUUCGGCUGUUGGAGGCGGCAGGGGGAGAGAUCACCAUCGACGGGGUCAAGAUAUCAGAGAUAGGGCUGCAUGACCUGAGGUCGAAACUCACCAUCAUACCACAGGAACCAGUGCUGUUCUCUGGCAGUCUGAGGAUGAACCUGGACCCCUUUGAUAAGUACAAUGACGGGGAGGUAUGGAACGCUCUGGAACUGUCCCACCUCAACAAGUUUGUCAGCAACCAGCCGGCUAAACUGCAGUUGGAGUGUUCAGAGGGAGGAGAGAACCUCAGUGUGGGCCAGAGGCAGCUGGUGUGUUUAGCCAGGGCUCUACUGAGGAAGACGAGGAUCCUGAUCCUGGAUGAAGCUACAGCAGCCAUCGACCUAGAGACCGACGACCUCAUCCAGUCAACCAUCAGGACACAGUUUGAGGACUGCACCGUCUUCACCAUCGCUCACAGACUCAACACCAUCAUGGACUAUACUAGAGUGCUUGUGUUGGACAAGGGACAAGUAGCUGAAUUUGACACUCCUUCAAAACUUUUAUCCAAGAGAGGAAUCUUCUAUGGCAUGGCUAAAGAUGCUGGACUGGCACAAUAGCCUCUCUUCUACACAUGUAGAAAACCUAUUGUGCCUUCUGGCAGAAAACAGAGUGCCAGUGAAUGUAUACUUUUAUAUGCUGCAGUCCACUGCGAAACCAGGAUAAAACACUUUUUAAUGUAAUUAUUUUUUUUUUUUUUUACAUAAAAAAAAAGCAGACAUUUUUUAUAAAGAGUGUUUCAGGAUGAAUCCAGCUAUUUUUGUACCGUAUUGUUUUUGUUAUUUAAACUAUACAUUUUAUUAUUAACAGAUGUCUGAUGGGGAAAUUGGCUCAGUUCAAUGUGUGAUUCCUUUGUGAACCAUGUAUGUAAAAAAAAACUUGAAUUCUGUACCACCAAAAUAUGAAAGAUGAUAAUGCCUUUAUUAAAGAAAGUAAGAUUGCCUUGUA